AUGAGAGCUGCGCCCCUCCCCCCCCCCGCGCACCUGCGGGUCCCUCCCUUGAUGUGGCACCCGGGGGACCCCGCGGUGACAACGGCGGGGACGCGCAGUUCGUUACUGGUGCCGCUGCCGCAGUCGCCGUUCCCGGUGCCGGGGGGGAUUUGUCGGUCCCGGGAGGAGACACCGGGUACGGUUUCCCCGCUGCCCGCGGAAUCCCACCAGUACCACCAGUACCACCAGUACCGCCAGUACCGCCAGUACCGCCAGUUCCGGCGUGCCCAGUACCACCAGUACCGCCAGCUCCCCCGGCGCUGUUCCCCCCAGUUCUCCCAGUGCAGGAGUGAGGGGAGUGCACAGGGACACGGGUGGGGACACGAGAGGAGUGCCAGGUGUCCAGUGCCAGGUGUCCCGUGCCAGUGUCCCCGUGUCCCCCCAGCCCACAUCGAGGUGAUUCCGUGCAAGAUCUGCGGGGACAAAUCCUCCGGGGUGCACUACGGUGUCAUCACCUGCGAGGGCUGCAAGGGUUUCUUCCGGCGCAGCGAGCGGCGCGGGCCCAGCCUGGCGUGCAGCCGCGGGCAGCGCUGCGACAUCGACCGCGCCACCCGCACGCGCUGCCAGCACUGCCGCCUGCAGAAGUGCCUGCGGCUCGGCAUGUCCCGAGCCGCCGUCAAGUUCGGCCGCAUGUCCAAGCAGCAGCGGGACCGGCUGCAGGCCGAGGUGCUGGAACAGCUGGAACGGCGGGAGAACCGGGAACAGCUGGAACAGCUGGAAACACGGGAAAAAUGGGAAAAGGGGGAAAAACGGGGAAAAGGGCAGCAGCGGGAGCAGCGGGAGCAGGAACGGGAGGCGCAGGGGCCAGCGGAGCCCCCCCCCGAGGGGCGCUGUCCCCCGCUGUCCCCCGCUGUCCCCGCGGGGUGUCCCAGCAGGGCGUGGCCCGAGGAGGAGGCGACAAAGCGGGGACAGGACGGGGACAGGGCGGGGACAGCGGGGACAGCGCCGUGUCCUCAUCCCGGUGCUGGCGGCGUCCCGGAGUCACCGGAGAUCGAGCUGCUGACGCAGAGUGUCCUGCUGUCACACCGCGCCACGUGCCACCCCCGCGCCGAGGAGCUGCAGGGACACCGCUGGGCCACCUUCAGCCGCGAGGAGAUCUGCGCCUACCAGAGCCAGCCCAUGACGGAGAUGUGGCAGCGCUGUGCCCGCCGUGUCACCGAGGCCAUCGAGCGCGUGGUGGAGUUCGCCAAGCGGCUGCGCGGCUUCCUGGAGCUCAGCCAGCACGACCAGAUCGUCCUGCUCAAGGCUGGUGCCAUGGAGGUUGUCCUGGUCCGGAUGUGUCGCGCCUUCGACGCCGCCACCCGCACGGUGCUGUUCGAGGGCAAACUGGCCGGGCCCGAUCUCUUCCGCUCGCUGGGGUGCCCCGAGCUCGUCGCGUCCAUCUUCGACCUGGCGCAGGGGCUGAGCGCGCUGCGCUGCUCCGAGAGCGAGCUGGGGCUGCUCAGCGCGCUGCUGCUCGUCAACGCCGGCCGGCCGUGGCUGCAGGACCGCCCGCGGGUGGCCCGGCUCCAGGGACAUCUGGAUGUCGCCUUCCGGCUCCUGCUGCGCCGCACCCGCCGCGAGGGGCUCCUGGACAGGCUGCCCUCCCCGGGCCGGCUCCGCGCUCUCUGCUCGCAGCACCUGGAGCAGGUUCAGGCUUUCCGCCGCCUCCACCCCGGGGUGGUCUCGGCCGCCUUCCCCCCGCUCUACCGGGAGCUCUUCGCCGCCGAUCCCGCCGAUGUCCCCGCGGGGACCCUCUGAGAGCGAUCCUGGGACCGCCGGGACCGCCGGGACCACCGGGAUCACCGGGACCGCCCCUGCACCUGGGGACACCUGGGGAUGCUCCCACGCAGGCACCUGCCGGGAAUGCGGCACCUGGAGGGGACCUGGCACCUGGCGAGGCUCUGUCACCCGUGGGUGUCCCACGGGGACAGUGAGGAGUGGCCGCGGCUGCGUUUGAGCGGAAUAAAGGCGUU